AUGUUUCCAGACGCACAGCAGCAAGUCUGCCUUUAUUACGUCAACGCAAAUGUCCACGCUAAAAUAACCUUACAGGCCACAGAGACCGCCUUAGAGGCCACUGCAGAUCCUAGCAAUAAGGAAGAAGAAGAUUACAGCAAAGAACACCUCAAAAAGGCUUAA